CCAGACCUUGCUGUGGUUUCGUAAGCAACGCGAGCUGCAGCAGACUAUAAAGCCACUGCUGAUCUAACGGGGUGACUAUCAUCGUCAUCAGAACGCACAAGCACAAGCACGCAGUAGCCUAGCCUAGUUAUAUUUCACCGGCGGAUAACGGACACGGGACAGGACACUCGUCGUCACAAUGGAGUUCUUCUCAGGGCUGGUGGUGUUGGCUCUAAUGGUUUCAGUUGGUGCUGAAGGUGGCGUCGGCCCCAGCAACAACUCCAGUUUCUGCUCCGAGUCAAAGGAAUGUCUGGAGUAUGAGCUGGUGUGCAAAACAGACGAAUAUGAGGUCCGUCACUACAGUCCCACUCGUUGGGUGUCUACGGAUGCGGAGGCCUACUUCAUGGGGGUGGGAGCAGCCAUGGCCUUCAGGAGACUGUUCCAAUACAUCACUGGAGCCAACAACAGGGGUCUACAGAUGGAGAUGACUGCUCCAGUCCUGGUGAGGAUCCCUGAGGAGACCAGGAUGUGGGAACCAGCCAUCUACACCCUCAGCUUCCUGCUUCCAGCAGCCUAUCAGGAGAGGCCUCCCACACCCACCAAUGACAAGCUCUACUUUACGGAGAUGCCCUCUAUGGAUGUGUACGUGCGUAGCUACGGAGGCUGGAUGUUAUCAGUGACCUCCAGGCUUCAUGCUCACCUACUGACCAAGGAGCUGACCAGGGUCCAGGCUGAUUACAACCACACCUACCACUACGGAGUGGGUUGCGACAGUCCUCUGAAGCUGCUGAACAGACACACGAGGUGUGUCGUAGCUGAGGGAGAGCCGUCUGCUCCUGACCCCCAGGAACCAACCCCACCACACACACCUACCCCCACGCACACACCCGCCUACACACACCCAACGCCACAAACACACCCAACGCCACACACACACCCGGCACACACACCCAACGCCACACACAACCCCAGCACCAUCUCUGACUCCCCCUCAGAUCUCCCCGCCAACCGGCCACCAACCCCCCUCCCAGGCCCCCCGGUGGUGACCCCGUCUCAGAGCCCAGUGGUCGGGGAGACCCCCUCGGCCAACAGCUCUGACCCCCAGGCGGACAACCCCUGGAACAACACUGUAGAGGCCUCCCUGGAGGACACCCCCUCUGUUAACUCUGUAGACGGCCCCACUAACCUCAACCUGGCCUAGCCCUAGAAUAUUAUAUAUGGCCCUGAACAGUAGAGGGGUAUGGAGGGGUGCUGUGGUGAUGGAGCUCAUUCAGUUAGAAGUCCAUUUGGGAUUGGGCCCUUGCCUCAGUAUUUACUGUAAUACACCACCACCCCUACUG